AUGGCCUCCGCAGCGGCCUCACGAGCACCAGCAGCCAUGUCGCAGCCGCCAGGAACGUUCCUGCCCAACACCAAAGUCACCGUCGGUAGCCACCGCGUGGUCAUCGAGAAAUACCUGUCGGAGGGAGGAUUCGCACAUGUCUAUGUGGUCAGAGUGCCGCGCGACAAUAACAAGCAUGAAGUCGCCGUGCUCAAGCGGGUUGCCGUGCCCGACAAGGACCAUCUGGCCAGCAUGCGCACCGAGGUGGAGACGAUGAAGAAGCUGAAGGGCCACAAGCACAUCGUCACCUACAUCGACAGCCAUGCCAGCCAGCUGAAAGGCGGUGGCUACGAGGUCUUCCUACUGAUGGAGUACUGCAACGGCGGCGGCCUGAUUGACUUCAUGAACACGAGGCUACAACAUCGUCUGACGGAGCCGGAGAUUCUGAAGAUCUUUGGCGACUGCGCGGAGGGAGUGGCAUGCAUGCACUACUUGAAGCCGCCUCUGCUGCACCGGGAUCUCAAGGUGGAGAACGUGCUGAUAUCAAAGACGACGAGUGGGACACCGCUGUACAAGAUAUGUGAUUUCGGCAGUGCAGCUGUGCCACGGCCUGCAGCGAAGACGGCAGAGGAGGGGAGGCUGAUUGAAGAGGAUGUCCAGAAGCACACGACCAUGCAGUACCGCAGUCCGGAAAUGAUCGACGUCUGGAGGAAGCAGCCCAUAGACGAAAAGGCGGACAUUUGGGCACUCGGUGUCUUGCUCUACAAGCUGUGCUACUAUACGACACCAUUCGAGAAUGUUGGACAGAUGGCCAUUCUGAACGCAACCUACACCUGCCCAAGCUAUCCGGCAUUCUCUGCUCGACUCAAGAAGUUUAUUGCAUGGAUGCUGAAGGAGAACCCGCAAGAUAGGCCCAGCAUCUACCAAGUCGUGAAGGAGGUGUGCAGCAUGCGAGGAGCAGAAGUGCCCAUCAAAGAUAUCUACGCGAAUCGUACACAAUCCGAGGCGCGGAAUAGUCAAGCCCUGCCUACAAAGGAAGACAUUUCAUCGGCUGCAGUUGGCCUUCAGAAGGCUACACCGACAGCACCCACACAAACCCUACCAGACAUAACGCCUAUGCGGAGAGGCAGACCCAGUGCACCUCCGGCGCAAGCCCAAGCUUCCUCCAAACCAAAUCCUCCGCCUGCUGGAGGAGACCCUUUUGCUGCCUUGGACUCGAAAAGCUAUGAUGUGCGGGCUGGGGCUGUUGAUGAAUUGUCAAAACGAUUCCCAUCACUGGACGAAUUUGCCAUUGCCCACGAUGGAGGGCAGUUCUCGUUCUCCUCUUCGACCCCUCCACCUGGGAAAUCCACAUCUGAUGCGAAAGCGAGUCUUGGUGAUCGUGUCGCCAAUGCACUCGCGGAUGAAGUCUUCGCUGCAAAGUCGCCGCCCCCAGCUAUGUCGAACAGAGCACAGCCGCAACCACGGGAACAACGCCCUACACAACCACCACGUCCAGUCCAAGCUCGACCAGCGUCUCCUGCGAAGUCUGUCACGCCAGUUUCACUGCGAGCUACACAGCAAACACCUGAGAUACAGCAGCCAAUACCUAAUAGGCACGGUAUGCCAUACAGAUCUACCGGUGUUGGCUCUUCGCCACCGCCGCAACCAAAGAAGUUACCGGAGAUAAGUGCUCGACCGGUGUGGCGCGUUCCAGAGACGAGUACACAUGACAGAGAGAUAAGCCAGCCCAGAGCGUCACAAACUGCGCAAGCUGCAGCCUCAUCACUGCACCCCAGCCUACCACCUGAGAAGCGACCCGCGCUGCUUGACGUUCACCGGUCCAAAUCGCAGACUGCGACACUGAUGGUGGCUAAUGCUUCGAAUUCUUCACGACCAUCAUUGGAGGGAGGCCGACCUUCGCAGCACGAAUUGGACGAGUCAAGUCUGGCUAGGACGAGAUCUCUGAACACGCGGUCACGACCGACAAGCAUGUACGUGUCCUCUAACAUCGACUAUCUUCGAGACCAGGAACAGUCUCGCAGCAAACGGCCCUCUUUGGACAUCAGACGGCCUAGUCGCCAGGCUUCGCAGGCGAGAGAUUCUGCACCGGAAGAAGCCGCGAUUGAAGAUGACAUGGACUUCUUGCGCCAGAAUGAAGAAGGCGAUGUACAGCGAGGCACAUCGAUGAAGGAAGCCUUGAAAAUGCACGGCUAUCAUAGAAAGCGCUCAAGUCUCGACGCUAUGCGAUCCGGCGCUAAGAACAUGCUGAGUGGACGUUUCGGUGAUGCAUUCAAGCGCUUUGACCAAAGCCCAGCGCGCGAUGUCAAGCAGCAAGAUCCUGGCAGCAGGACGCCUGAUGCGUACGAACCGGACAAUGAAUCGCGACUUCUAUCGCCUAUCAUUGGAUCUGAGGCUACACCCAGCAGGCAUUCAGACGCCGACUCCGCUACUGAAGAGACUGAAGACCUGCCCCCUGAUGUUAAGCGCGAGCUUGAACGGCAACGACUCAGCCAAGAAGAGAAACGGGUGGCAGAAGCUGCUGCAGAGUAUCGGGCUCGUGUCGCAGCACAGGGUACCGGUAAUGUAGCCGCUCCCAGUCGCGCAAGCACUAUUCAAAAGCGCGUACAGUCGCUGCUCGACGAAGGCAGGCAGUCUCCAAGCCCACGCAAGACAGCAGAAGGUUAUGGUCGUUACACAGAAGCAAGCGAGCCUGAUGCCAGACCUGUCACACAGCCGAACGUGCCAUUGCUGAGUGGUAACCGGCCUCCUGUACUGGUCAAGAAGCCGAUGCCAACUCCCACUACUCUGAACAACAACCCGUACCCAAAGCAAAGACAGCAACCCCCUGAAGUGACUUCGCCGACUUUUGCUGCUAGCGCAUCACCUGUCAUGGCAGAGACAGCGCCGCUCCAACGGACUACAUCAAGGCCUGGACCGAGUGCACCCCCAAAGCCGAAAGCACUGCGGACCGGUGGUCCAUCCCAAUGGCCACCGCCACAACAAGCAGCUGAAACUGCGGCUCCAUUGCCUGCUAAGCCUACUGGCCUAGCGGCGCUCUUGGCCAAGGACUUAGAAGGGGUUCCGGACUAUCCACCAAGGACUAGCAGCAAUGGGCAAAGAAACCUUACAGCAAUCCAUCUGCCUGCACAUGAAGAUGAACUGGACAGCUUUAGUAAGCGCUAUCCAAGCCUCAGCGGGAUUGAAAUGGUCGAGACCGAGAUCAAUGGACGAAGGGCUUGA